AUGCCACUGGUUAGAUCACUGUCCAUUACUUCUCUUAACGGGCUUCCUCAGUGGGAUGAUGAAGACCUACCAGUGGAAGAUUUGUUGCUCUUUGAAGUUUCUUGGGAAGUCACCAACAAAGUGGGAGGCAUUUACACCGUCAUCCAGACAAAAGCCAAAAUUACAGCAGAUGAAUGGGGUGAAAACUAUUUCCUGGUUGGUCCCUAUUUUGAGCACAAUGUGAAGACUCAGGUGGAAGCAUGUGAGCCUCCAAACCCUGCAGUUAAGAAGGCAAUGGAUACCAUGAAUGGCCAAGGGUGUCAGGUCUUUUUUGGAAGAUGGCUGAUAGAGGGCAGCCCAUAUGUCUUACUGUUUGAUAUAGGAUCAGCAGCUUGGAAUCUGGACAGGUGGAAAGGUGAAUUUUGGGAUGCCACCAACAUAGGCAUCCCUUAUAAUGACCGAGAAGCCAAUGAUGCUGUGAUUUUUGGAUCAUUAACAGUCUGGUUUUUAAAAGAGCUUUCCUGUCAGUUUAAUGACAAGCCCAACAUAAUUGCCCACUUCCACGAGUGGCAGGCAGGAGUGGGUUUAAUACUGUCUCGUUCUCAGAAACUUCCUGUUGCCACAAUUUUUACUACCCAUGCGACUCUGCUUGGGAGAUACCUGUGUGCAGCCAAUAUAGAUUUUUACAACAAUCUUGACCAGUUUGACAUUGACAAGGAAGCAGGAGAGAGACAGAUUUACCACCGGUACUGUAUGGAACGGGCAUCUGUACAUUGUGCCCACGUGUUCACCACAGUCUCACAGAUAACAGCUAUAGAAGCAGAACAUAUGCUUAAAAGAAAUCCUGAUGUUGUCACCCCAAAUGGCUUGAACAUUAAGAAAUUUUCAGCAAUGCAUGAAUUUCAGAAUUUGCAUUCCACGUACAAGGCCAGGAUCCAAGAGUUCAUUCGAGGUCAUUUCUAUGG